AUGGUUGAUAGAUCCACUGGCGAUGUCAAUGGGCUUCAAAAUGAUGGAAAGAUGGGAAAUAAUUUGACAGUGUUUAGCUACGCAUCUGUCGUGGCUGCCACAACUAACUUCUCUGAAGAAAACAAGCUCGGACAGGGGGGCUUUGGACCUGUUUAUAAGCUUUUUGGCUUCUGCAUUCAUGGGGAAGAGAGGAUGUUAAUCUAUGCCUACAUGCCAAACAAAAGUUUGGACUACUUUUUAUUCGAUUCAACCAGAGCGAUGCUACUAGAUUGGACGAAGCGGUUCAACAUAAUUGAAGGAAUCGCUCAAGGAAUGCUUUACUUGCAUAAAUACUCAAGAAUGAGAGUAAUUCACAGAGAUUUAAAAGCUAGUAACAUACUACUUGAUGAAUAUAUGAAGCCCAAAAUUUCUGAUUUUGGUUUGGCGAGAAUUUUUACACAUAAUGAACUUGAAGCAAGUACUAAUAGGAUUGUUGGAACAUAUGGUUACAUGUCUCCCGAGUACGCUAUGGAGGGGAUUUUUUCGAUUAAAUCUGACGUCUAUAGUUUCGGGGUGUUAAUGCUUGAAAUCAUGAGUGGUAGGAGAAAUAGUAGCUUCUACAUUGCUGAUCACGUGCUCAAUAUAGUAGGAUAUGCAUGGGAGUUAUGGAAAGAAGGCAGGGGGCUAGAGAUAAUGGAUCCAACACUAAAGGAUUCAUGUACUGAAGAUCAAUUGUUAAGAUGCUUCCAUGUUGGUCUGUUAUGCGUGGAAGAAAAUGCAGCUGAUCGGCCCUGCAUGUCUGACGUCGUAUCUAUGUUGACCACUGAAACAAUUUCAUUGCCAUUACCUACAAGGCCAGCAUUCAUCGCAAUAAGAAAUGUUAUUGUGUCUGAUAUAACUUGUGGAAAGGCACAAGGGAUGAGCUUGUGGAAAGGCACAAGUGGUGGAUGGGUAAAAAUAAGGCAGGUUUCUAUUGGUUCUGGCUCCAAAUCAAGAGACAAGGUUGUUAUUGUGGAGGAGAUGACUCUACAAAGUGUUUUUGACAUCCUGGACAAAGCUUCGAAGUCCACCUAA